UAGGGCUGCUCGUAUCUUUACCUUAUAUAGGUAACUGUCAAAGUAGCUACCUCCUAACUCCAUUUUAUAUAACGACCGUUCUUAUUCCCGUCGUGCUUGAUCUAGACAGUUAAAUACACUUGUCUCGACUCUUUACUCUCAUGUACCAAAGUGGAAUCUACAUUAACCGCAACGCUGCAUCUUUGCUGGCGCCAUGGAUAAGACUAACGCGACUACUUCUUCUACACCCGGUAAAUCGAAACCACCAAAGAAGAGAAACAGUGAAGUUCGCAAGGAGCAGAACAGAAUCGCGUCUCGCGCUUAUCGAGAGAAGCGCAAACAAAAACUAGCUCUUCUCGACGAGAUCCUCAAAACCGACUCUCAAACAGAUUCAAUGAGUUCGGUUUCUGAUGAAACAGAAGGAUACACAACAUCGUGGUCAUUUCAAAGUAGACAGGCUUCAAAUAGCCCCAUACCAGCUGCGCUCACUACGGUACCCGUCACCACACAAUGGCAGGCGCCAAGUCCGUCCAUGGCUUCAUCAGUACCAGCCUUUGGACAAGAAUCUUAUGACGGCUGGAUGAAUUCUUUCAGUCAUUCUAAUGAUGCAUUUCCUGCCAGUACCGACUACACACAUCCGUUUAUCCCUACCGACGUUAGGGAGCAUACCUUAGGCGCCUCUACAUCAUACCCUAUGCAAACAAUACCAUCUAUAACAUCAACACCCUCCACGCCUCCGGUACCUUCUAUUCCGCUAGAUCCUUCGCUUGUCGCCAAUCAUUAUACACCACAGACACAACCAGUGCAGAGUCAACAUAUUUUACAUUCUUCAAAUCCGACCCAUGAUAAUGACGAAAUUCAGAGGCAAUUAUGGGUCGCAUCACUUGAAAAUAAUACAUUAGUGGCGCUUGAAAGAUUUUCGGGACUAAAUCACAUACAACAAGAGCAAGUACUGGAUUUGGUACGAAAGAGAAGAGGAUUGCUACAAAAUACGACCAGUCACCAGAAUUUGGAAUUUAAUUACCCAACUUGUCAAGCUACGCCUCCACCAACACAUUAUGUUAGCACUGAUUUUAGAAAAUACCAAACAAUGAGACAAGCUUCUAAAUCGCCUAUCCCACAUGGACACCACUAGGCUGAUUCCAAAUGAAUAAAUUCGAGCUAUUCGCUAUACUACUAGAAUUAGUAGAGCCCAACUCUUACCGAGAGAAAUAUCCCAAAUGCGGCUCGAAUAGACGAAAACUCCCCACUCCUACGUAUACGCGCUGCGACUAUCCGUUCUUUUCUAGCGAUGACGAUCACCACCAGGUAGACGAAUUAGACGAGAAGGAUAUACAAGACGAGGUG